CAGUAGCUGUUCAUCUAUUCCUGCCGUAAGUGUUUACAAAUAACAUCCGUCAAAGUGUAUACAUGAAAAUAAGAUACUGUGUUGGCUACUCAAGGCAUCUAACUUUAACUGAUUUCUCAGCGGAUAUCGUAAAAAUCCACAGUAAAUUACUUUAACCCAGUGAGAGAUGGAGAACAGAAAGGACUCAUUUAGUAUUAAAGAGGAACCGUUUGAUGAUUGGUCAGAUGUCGGCGAAUAUUAUGACGAUCGAGUGGCUUCGGGCAAAGCCGAAAACUUUGGAGAUCAAUUAACGAUAAAUGAACCAUCAGCCAAUGACACGAAUGAGUCUAUGCCAUUACAGGAUGGGUUAGAGGGGAUAAUUUUGGUGGAUUUCGAUAGCAAAAAUGUAAAAACUGAAGUUGAGUUUUCAUCUACAUCCAUCUGCAAAACUGUGAAUCAAAUUUGUCAACCUAUUGUGAAAUUAGAAAACGAAACUCAGACCCAUGACAUCAAUGACGAUAUUCACAUUGAUUUGGAAUGCAAAAAUUUUAAAAUUGAACUGUUAUCUCUGUCACCCUCCAUCUGUAAAACUGAGAAUCAAAGUUUUCAACCUAUUGUGAAAUUAGAAAACAAAACUCAGACCCAUGACAUCAAUGACGAUGUACUCAUCGAUUUUGAGUGCAGGGAUGUUAAACCCUCAUUGACGACCGUCAGUCCAUCUAUUGUGAAAGCAGAAAUUCAAAAUCAAACAAAUCACUUGAAUGAAAAAAGAUUGAUAAUUGUUAUAAAAAAAGGAUUCGAUUACGAUAAUAGAAGUCAAUUUAUAAGAGGAAAAGCAAAUAUUAAACCGACUCACAAGGGCAUUGGACCACUUGAAUAUAAAAUUUGCAACAAGUCAUUUGCAAACAAACCAAACAUAAAAAGGCACAUAAGUACAGUACAUAAGCGGAGCAAAUCCUUUGAGUGUAAAGUUUGUCACAAAUCGUUUGGAGAAAAAAGAAACCUCAUGAAACACAUGAAUGGAGUACAUAAUCGAAGUAAACUCUUUGGAUGUAACAUAUGUUACAAAUCAUUUAGGCAAAACAGGGAUCUUAAAGUUCACAUAAUGAAAAUACAUGAGCAUAUUAGCAAACCCUUCGAAUGUGAUAUUUGUCACAGAUCAUUUAGACGUCAGAAUCAACUCAAGCGUCACAUAAAUGCAGUACAUAGUCAAAUUAAACUUUUCGAAUGUAGUAUAUGCCAUAAAUCAUUUAGUCAAAAACCUCAUCUCAAAACUCACAUAAAUUGCGUACACAAUCAUAGCAAACCUUUUGAAUGUGACAUUUGUCACAAAUCAUUUGGACAAAAAAUCCAUCUCCAACGUCACAUAAAAGCAGUACAUGACCGAAUUAAACCUUUCAAAUGUAGCAUAUGUCAGAAAUCAUUUGGACAAAAGAUUAGCCUCAAAAUGCACAUAAUGGCAGUACAUGAGAGGAGCAAACCCUUUGAAUGUGAUAUUUGUCAGAAAUCAUUUGGACGAAAAAGUGAACUUGAAUCUCACAUAAGUUUAGUACAUCUUCGUAGUAAACCCUUUGAAUGUGAUAUUUGUCAGAAAUUAUUUGGACGAAAAAGUGAACUUGAAUCUCACAUAAGUUUAGUACAUCUUCGUAGUAAACCCUUUGAAUGUGAUAUUUGUCACAAAUCAUUUAGUCAAAAAUAUCAUCUCAAAUAUCACAUAAAUUCCGUACACAAUCAUAGCAAACCUUUUGAAUGUGAUAUUUGUCACAAAUCAUUUGGAUACAAAAGUCAACUCACUACUCACAUGGAGGCAGUUCAUAAACGUGAAAAACCUUUCGAUUGUGAGAUUUGUCAUAAAUCAUUUGGAUAUCAGAAUGUACUGAAAGGUCAUAGAGUAACAGCUCAUAAUCUUGGAAAUCCCUUUGAAUGUGAUAUUUGUCAAAAAUCAUUUGGACAGAAAGGUACUCUCAAUAAACACAUAAGUGCAGUACAUAACCGGAUCAAACCUUUUAAAUGUAAUAUAUGUUACAAAUCAUUUGGAUAUCACAUAGUACUCAAACGCCACAUAAUGACGAUACAUAAUGAAAGCCAGCCUUAGGAGUGUGACAUUUAUUCGAUGACAUUUGGACUCAACGAAGACUUUUGUAAUCAGUCGGGUUGCGCUAUGUAAUUUUAGACAAUUUUUCUUAUAAAC